GGUCAUCCUCUCUCCCGGACUAGCCGAAGGUCCAGGGGUGGCCUUGGAUGCUUGUCCCCGUAGGCGACCGCACCCUGCCCACGAGGGGACGGCCUCCCGCUCUCCCCGCCGAGACGCCGCGGAGGCGCAGACGUCUCGCGCCCUCCUUCCAGGAGCCGCCAGGGCUGCAGCUCUUUGUCACGGCCACACCGGAAACCGAAACCGCCCCGAUCGAUCGUGGGGCGCUCGCCGAGGGUCCCACGCUCGGGGCGGGGCCGCGGGGCCCGUCCUCCUCCCCAGGGGAGCGCGUGAGGACCGGGCGGGGCCGCCGUCCCUUCCGGGGAGCGGUGGCCACCGCCGCGUCUGCUGGGCGGCUUCCCACCCCGCCCCCCGCAGCUCUGGGUGACGCCGCUCCAAUAACAGCUCGCGGGGAGCCGCAGCCCGAGCUCAGCCGGCGCCGGGCACCCCUCCUGACAGCCCGGCCGCCCCGCCGCCACCAUGAGGGCUGAGGGGGACGGCGGCCUGGAGCGCUUCUCCAGCCCGGGCAAGGGCCGGGGGCUGCGGGCCCUGCGGCCCUUCCAGGUGGGCGACCUGCUCUUCUCCUGCCCGGCCUACGCCUUCGUGCUCACGGUCAACGAGCGGGGCAACCACUGCGAGCACUGCUUCGCCAGGAAAGAAGGAUUGUCCAAAUGUGGAAGAUGCAAGCAGGCAUUUUACUGCGAUGUGGAGUGUCAGAAAGAAGAUUGGCCCAUGCACAAGCUGGAAUGCUCUCCCAUGGUUGUUUUUGGGGAGAACUGGAGUCCCUCAGAGACUGUGAGGCUCACGGCAAGGAUCCUGGCCAAACAGAAAAGCCACCCAGAGAGGACGCCUUCAGAGAAACUGUUGGCCGUGACGGAGUUCGAAUCCCAUCUGGAUAAACUAGACAACGAGAAGAAGGAUUUGAUUCAGAGUGACAUUUCUGCUCUCCAUCGCUUUUACUCCAAGCACCUCGAGUUCCCUGACAACCAGAGCCUGGUAACGCUCUUCGCACAGGUUAACUGCAAUGGCUUCACAAUUGAAGAUGAAGAACUUUCUCAUUUGGGAUCAGCAAUAUUUCCUGACGUCGCCUUGAUGAAUCACAGCUGUUGCCCCAAUGUCAUUGUGACCUACAAGGGGACCCUGGCAGAGGUCAGAGCCGUGCAGGCAAUCAGCCCGGGAGAAGAGAUUUUUACCAGCUACAUCGACCUCCUGUAUCCCACAGAAGAUAGGAAUGACCGGCUGAGAGAUUCUUAUUUCUUCACCUGCGAGUGCCAGGAGUGCACCACCAAGGACAAGGAUAAGGCCAAGGUGAAAAUCCGGAAGCUCAACGACCCCCCAAAGGCAGACGCGGUCCGUGACAUGGUCAGAUACGCCCGCAACGUCAUCGAGGAGUUCCGGAGGGCCAAGCACUACAAGUCCCCUAGCGAGCUGCUGGAGAUCUGCGAGCUCAGCCAGGAGAAGAUGAGCUCCGUGUUUGAGGACAGUAACGUGUACAUGCUGCACAUGAUGUACCAGGCCAUGGGCGUCUGCUUGUACAUGCAGGACUGGGAAGGAGCCCUGCGCUACGGACAGAAAAUCAUUAAGCCUUACAGCAAGCAUUACCCACCGUACUCCCUCAACGUGGCCUCCAUGUGGCUGAAGCUGGGAAGACUGUACAUGGGCCUGGAGAACAGAGUGGCCGGGGAGAAAGCCCUGCGGAAGGGGAAACCAGGACCCUGGGCAGCAUCUGCCCCACCUCACCCCGUGUUUGACAGCUGCCCGGUGCUGCCCGAGGACCUGGGGCCAGGCCCCAACCCUCACCGUACAGCAGCUGGAUUGUGCCAACAGACUCUCGUUGUCCUUCAGGCCAUGGCGAUCAUGGAAGUGGCCCACGGCAAAGAUCACCCGUACAUCUCUGAGAUCAAACAGGAAAUCGAGCGCUGCUGAGCCUGUGCCAAUGUGGCGGUUUUACGCGCGUGUGCAGAAGCCCUCCAGGAUUUGAAUAUUUCAAAUCCUGCACAUCACUCCGGCGUUUCUGCAAACUCACUGCAGGGAGAACACCAUCUGCACUCAAGCCUUACACAGCUCACUUGGCAUUGGUUUUAAUCUUUAACCUUAAGGUCACAUUCAUUUUUGAAUGCUUUUUUCCCUAAGAGGGAAUGGCAUGGUUUCAUGUAUUAUACUUCGGACAGGUUGAGUUUGAAAAAAUGUUACUAUUUUUCCCUUCAUGCUUAUUAUUAUAACGUUCUGAACAAACCUGAGUGAUGAAAGAGAAUAAAAAAGGUAACAGUG